CUCUCUGUCUAUAGUGAUGGUCGUGAUGUAUAUCUGCAGUUGUCUUCUCUCUGUCUAUAGUGAUGGUCGUGCUGUAGAUCUGCAGUUGUCUUCUCUCUGUCUAUAGUGAUGGUUGUUAUGUAUAUCUGCAGUUGUCUUCUGGAUUUUAUCAGUAUAACACUAGGCUCGAUAUGAUGGAAUCAAUAUCUGGGUCACAUGAUCUCAUUGAGGAAACUGGGGUCAUGUGACGGUUGAAUAAUCUUGGUUCUCAUCUUACCAGUUAAGUGUCUUGUUCUAUGUCGAAUUGUACCCUAUUGGUGGACGUAAGGACUCCUGUCAAUCUGAAUCUAUGAUCAUUCUAUUCCUGUUUUAUAUUCCCUGAUGAACCUGUAUGAUAUCAGACAGGAGAAACACGUUGGAAGAUAAAGGUCCUUCCCUAAUAGACAUAACUGGUUGGUCUCCUGGGUUAUAUAUGUUAUGUCUGCCAUCUAGAAAAUCCCAGUAACGUCAUGUUAUCGAUGAAUUAUAAAGAAGAAGAUGGAGAGAUCAUGGAGCACUUCUCAGGAGAAGAUGGAGAGAUCAUGGAGCGCUCCUCAGGAGAAGAUGGAGAGAUCAUGGAGCGAUCCUCAGGAGAAGACAUCCUUACCCCUAAUGUCCAUCCAGAUCUAUUAUAUAAUAAUCCCCCUGACCAACCGCACAUUGUUACCACAAGGACAGAUCAGAAAGGGGGGAAAAGAUUUCGUUGUGAUGAAUGUGGGAAAGAGUUUACAAGAAAUUCAAGUCUUUCUACACACAAAAAAAUUCACAAAGGAGAGAAACCGUAUUCAUGUUCAGAAUGUGGGAAAUGUUUUAUCCUUAAAUCAGGUCUUAAUCAACAUGAGAGAAGUCACACAGGGGAGAGACCAUAUUCAUGUUCAGAAUGUGGGAAAUGUUUCACAGAUAAAUCUAAUCUUUCUAGACAUGAGAGAAGUCACACAGGAGAGAAGCCGUAUUUAUGUUCAGAAUGUGGGAAACGUUUUACAACCAGCACUUAUCUCCAGGUUCAUCAGAGAAUUCACACAGGGGAGAAGCCAUUUGCAUGCACAGAAUGUGGGAAAUGUUUUAAAGAAAAACACAGUCUUGUUAAUCAUAAGAGAAUUCACAAAGGAGUGCCCACACUUCAGUGUUCAUAUUGUGUUAAACAUCAGAGAAUUCACACAGGAGAGAAGCCAUUUUUAUGUUCUGAAUGUGGGAAAUGUUUUAAGGACAAAUCAUUUCUUCUUAAACAUGAGAAAAAUCACAAAGGAGAGAAGCCAUUUUGAUGGGGAAAAUGAUUUACUUGGAAGUCAUUGAGAGGAAAUCACUUUCUUGUUUUGACCAAUUGAAAGUCUAAAGAAAGAUUGUCUGUAAAGAACCCAAUGGGUUAAAUAACCAAAAGGAUAUUGAUUUUGUGUGGAAUUAGCCAGAAUCUACCACACACCCAAAAUAAAGUUACCUAAGGGGUUUAGGGGAACUGAGAGCAGGAUCCAUGGAGGAAAAGUAUUCUGGAUAAAAGAAAAAAAAAAAGAGAUUUGUGUUUACCUGCCGGGCUGUGACGCCAAAUCGUCUCCAUAAACCUCACUUACUACUGUAUUAAGAGAUAAGCCAAAGGACGUAAUAGACAGGUGAGGACGUGGUAGACAGGUGAGGACAGAAUAGACAAGUGAGGACGUAAUAGACAGGUGGGGACGUAAUAGACAAGUUAGGAUGUAAUACGCGAGGACGUAAUAGAAAGGUGAGGACAGGGUAGACAGGUGAGGGCUUAAUAGACAAGUGAGGACGUAAUAGACAGGUGAGGACCUAAUAGACAGGUGAGGACCUAAUAGAAAAGUGAGGACGUGGUAGACGAGUGAGGACGUAAUAGACAAGUGAGGACGUAAUGGACAAGUGAAGACGUUAUAGACAAGUAAGGAUGUAAUGGACAAGUGAGGACGUGGUAGACAAGUGAGGACAUAAUGGACAAGUGAGGACGUAAUGGACAAGUGAAGACGUUAUAGAUAAGUGAGGAUGUAAUGGACAAGUGAGGACGUGGUAGACAAGUGAGGACGUGGUGGACAGGUGAGGACAUGGUGGACAAGUGAAGACGUAAUAGACAAGUGAAGACGUAAUAAACAAGUGAGGACGUGGUAGACAUGUGAGGACGUAAUGGACAUGUGAGGACGUAAUGGACAUGUGAGGACGUAAUGGACAAGUGAGGAUGUAAUGGACAAGUGAGGACCUAAUAGACAAGUGAGGACGUGGUAGACAAGUGAGGACGUGGUAGACAAGUGAGGACGUAGUAGACAAGUGAGGACGUGGUAGACAAGUGAGGACGUGGUAGACAAGUGAGGACGUAAUAGACAAGUGAGGACGUGGUAGACAAGUGAGGACGUGGUAGACAAGUGAGGACGUUAUGGACAAGUGAGGAAGUUAUGGACAAGUGAGGACGUGGUAGACAAGUGAGGACGUGGUAGACAUGUUAGGACGUAAUGGACAAGUGAAGACGUUAUAGACAAGUGAGGAUGUAAUGGACAAGUGAGGACGUAGUGGACAAGUGAGGACGUGGUAGACAAGUGAGGACGUGGUAGACAAGUGAGGACGUGGUAGACAAGUGAGGACGUGGUAGACAAGUGAGGACGUGGUAGACAAGUGAGGACAUAGUGGACAAGUGAGGACGUGGUAGACAAGUGAGGACGUGGUAGACAAGUGAGGACGUAGUGGACAAGUGAGGACGUGGUAGACAAGUGAGGACGUGGUAGACAAGUGAGGACGUGGUAGACAAGUGAGGAAGUUAUGGACAAGUGAGGACGUAAUGGACAAGUGAAAACGUAAUAGACAAGUGAGGACGUGGUGGACAGGUGAGGACAUGGUGGACAAAUGACGUAAUAGAGAAGUGAGGAUGUAAUGGACAAGUGAGACAUGGUAGAUAAGUGAGGAGGUGGUGGACAGGUCAGUAGGUGCUGGACAGGUGAGGAUGUGGACAGGUCAGUAGGUGGUGGACAGGUGAGGAUGUGGACAGGUCAGUAGCUGGUGGAUAGGUAAGGAUGUGGACAGGUCAGUAGGUGGUGGACAGGUAAGGAGGCGGUGGACAGGUGAGGAUGUGGACAGGUCAGUAGGUGGUGGACAGGUGAAGAUGUGGACAGGUCAGUAGGUGGUGGACAGGUCAGGAGGCGGUGGACAGGUCAGUAGGUAGUGGACAGGUCAGUAGGCGGUGGACAGGUCAGUAGGUGGUGGACAGGUCAGUAGGUGGUGGACAGGUCAGUAGGUGGUGGACAGGUAAG